AUGGCCCCAGGUGUUUUGUCAAACGAGCUUCAAAGCUCAGGUAGGGUUGAACAGGUGACUGGAAUGGAUCUCAAACGUUCGACCAUAGCUUUUUGUUCAAACCCUUUCCUGCCUCUACUGACGAACAACAAUAUUGGCGUUGAUUAUACCCGCCGUUAUUUAGAAGAUACCUUCAGAGAUAAUAAGAGGCUGAAACGAAAUAUCAGUAUACCCGAAUCGAUCGGAAGCUCCGGAAGUGUUUCUAAUGGUGGAAACAGUGACGGUAGCGGAGGGAUGAGUCGGAGCGGCAGCAAUGGUAGUUUGGGUUGCUUAUCGAAACUUGGCUUCAGAGAUCAUAUAUUGACUUAUAGCAAAAGAUACCUUGCUGCCGAGGCAGUAGAAGAGGCGGCGGCGGAAGCAGUGAGAAUGGCUACUGGUUAUGAAGAAAACGGAGUCGAGGAAGACAAAACGGCUUACGGUAUGAGACUGGUUCAGCUUCUCAUCGCUUGCGCCGAGGCGGUGGCUUGUCGCGACAAGGCGCAUGCAUCGGCGUUGUUAUCGGAGCUUUAUGCUAAUGCGUUAGUCUUUGGCACGUCGUUUCAGCGGGUGGCUUCAUGUUUCGUGCAAGGAUUGGCGGACCGUCUCAAUUCAGUUCAACCCUUAGGGACGGCGGUAGGCCGUGUCCAGCUGCCGCCGGUCAUGAACAUAAUGGACAUCAACGUGUCGGAUUCGGACAAGAAACAAGAAGCGUUCCGCCUCGUUUAUGAGAAUUGCCCGCAUAUUAAAUUUGGUCACUUCGUAGCUAAUCUAGCUAUAUUGGAAGCCUUUGAGGGAGAGAGUUUUGUCCACGUUGUGGACUUAGGGAUGACCCUUGGUUUACCCGAAGGUCAUCAAUGGCGUCACCUUAUCCAAAGCCUCGCCGUUACCACCCUCGGUGGCGGCAACGGCAAAAAACGGUGCACACGCCUCCGAAUAACCGCAGUCGGCCUCUGCGUUGACCGGUUCGAUACCAUCGGAAUAGAACUUAAAGCAUAUGCAAAAUCCAUGGGAAUCAACUUGGAAUUCGUCAUAGUCGAAAGCAACUUAGAGAACCUAAAACCCGAAGACAUCAGAGUAUACGAUAACGAGGUUCUUGUCGUGAACAGCGUUCUUCAACUUCAUUGCGUUGUUAAAGAAAGCAGGGGAGCUUUAAACUCAGUUCUUCAAAUGAUCCACGAGCUGUCCCCGAAACUUUUGGUGCUGGUGGAGCAAGAUUCAAGCCACAAUGGGCCCUUUUUUCUGGGUAGAUUCAUGGAAGCACUCCACUAUUAUUCAGCAAUCUUCGAUUCGCUGGACGCCAUGCUACCCAAAUACGACACCAAGCGAGCCAAGAUGGAGCAGUUUUACUUCGCUGAAGAGAUUAAGAACAUCGUGAGCUGCGAGGGACCCGAUAGGGUCGAACGGCACGAGAGGGUGGACCAAUGGCGGCGACGGAUGAGCCGAGCAGGGUUCCAGGCUGCACCGUUGAGGUUGUUGAGUCAAGCCAAACAAUGGCUCGGGAACAAUAAGAUUAUCCAUGGUUACACCGUUGUUGAAGAUAAAGGGUGUUUGGUUCUUGGCUGGAACUCUAAGCCCAUUAUCGCGGUCUCUUGCUGGAAAUGCUGAGAAACGACAACAUGCAACUUGUUUGUUUAAAUUUCAAUAAGACAAUGUUUCCGUUAGCGGGAUUGGAAUGGUUCUUGUAAACCA